GGAGCGUGCGAGUGUAAAAAGAGUAGUGUCGCGUACAUAGGUUGAAGCGCAUUGUCGCGAGAUGAACGCCAUUCUGAUUCCAUUCUUCCUAGCGGCCGACAUAGUCGCCAACAACACGUCGGAAUGGACGUUCGGGCCGGAAUACUUGUAUGACCUGAACAUUUCUUAUAUUGUAAAACCGGAACCCGACGGACCCCUCGUGAGUUAUCAAAUGAUUAAUACAGUAAACUGUCGCCCGAAAAUGCCGGACCAUCUAUCCUGCCAUUACAACAACGGAACGAUACUGCAAUUUGUCGAGAAUAACAACACGAGUGAAGAAUGGCAUAUGGAUGAAAUGUUCGAGAUCAAAUUUAACGAGCGCGGUGUGGAAGGCGUGAUCGUCGAGCCGAACACUGACGAGGAAAUGGUGGACGUUAUCCGAACGUUUGCCUCUCUGUUUAUCGUGGCUGUUGAUCGGAGCAAAAUUGACAUGUCGCACUUUAUGAUGAGAGAGUACUCGUCAAUGGGCAAUUGCGCGACGACGUACAGUGUCACACACGAAAAACCCGAGACGUCCACGACAGGAGAUUUUCGGCUUGUGGUAUUGCCGUUGGUCGACGCGAAAUCUGGGACGACUCUUUCGAUCGAGAAAUCUCGGACGGAAUGCAUUGAUGUUCCGCGACGUUUGGAAAAAUUAAACGCAACCUUAGAGAUUGGUAGAUUUGUCACCAAAAUACAGAUCGAGCCGAACAGAUUCGAAACCUUUAGUGAAAUCGAUAUAAAAUUAACGUUUUCCGAAUCCGAAUUUGGAGUGUGGUCUACUAGAAUUCUAAUGGACCUUAAUUUAAACAGCAUUGAACCUGCGAAGAAUGAACUUCCGAUGCUACCUUACGGCAAACUGAGCGAGUUAAAUACCAAGCAUGCGGUACCAAACAAUAUGAUAGAUUAAAACGACUACAUGAAUCUGCUGGUGUGUGUCAAAUUGCGAUGCAGAAAGACCAUAAUUUGCUAGUAUUGAAUGUCCAAUUAAAUUGAAACUACAUAUAAAUAGAGUUAAAUAAAGUAUCUUGCACAACUGUUUCUCUUCUUA